AUGGUCAUGACUAGGUCGAAGCGGGCGAAACAAAUCGUCCGCUCUCUGUCCCUGGCCCAGCACGAGGACCACGUUCUCAGUGCCUUCACUCCUCUUCUCAUCAGAUAUAAUUUGCUGCACAACUACCAUCGCUGUAUCCAGGUCUCCGUCGACCUCGGCCGGCCGUCGGAUCGGUUCACAAUCACAUCACCCUAUGACGCUCUGCCCAACUUUCUGAGAUCGCAGCUGGACGCGCAAAAAAUCACUGACGGCACCAGGCUUUGGUCACAGGUCGUUCCCAUCUUGACAUUCAUUCAGUCAAACAUUCGACGACUGGGAAAAUCUCGCGGCUAUCCUACCCUGUUUGUCUGGCACUCGAGAGAGAACCAUCGUUCCUACUUCUUUUUUGCCUUUGUCGAGAUCAAGAUGGUCUCCAAAACAUACUCGAUUCGCGAACUUGUUCGCAUGAAGAAUUUCUCUGCCAGCAAGGAGUUCUACGAUCGUCUGUACGACAAGCUUCAAAGAGACCCAAGCUUCGGUGACAUCUUCAGAAUGUCUUCGGAUCGCUCUCUUCCCCUGAUCCGAGAAGAGGAUUUGGAAACUGUUGGCAUCUCGGUUCGUUCUUCCACGAAUCGCAACCCAGCAAAGGCUAUUGCUGCCCGUCAGCUUGACGGCACCGAUUACGAGUGGAAGUAUCGCGGUCGAAGCGAGUCCGAAGAGGCCGUGCCGCGCCCAAUUUGCAGCCCUGUUGGCUUCUCUGCUCAGAAGGAUGAAGGCUUUCAGCGAUUCUACAAGGCCGUUGUCUCGCCAACUCACGUGCGCGUUACAGCCGGCGGCCGCAUUGUCCCGAACACUCGAGGCGUGCCGUCGCCCACAGCCAAACUGGCCAAAGAAAGGCUCAAUGGCGAUUCUCGGGCUUCCUCUCGGCCUGAAAGCCACGGCAACAUGGAGAACACUCCCUACGCCAUUCCGCAGCUCCCGUACGGUGCGUUCCCGCCGAUGAUGCAUGGGAUUCCCGCCCCCAUGGCACCGGCCCUAGCUCCCGGAAUGAUGGCUGGGCACCCGCCGUAUCCGAUGAUUCCGUGGCCUAUGGCCCAUGGCUACGGCAUGAUGGCUCAUCCUCACAUGGUCCCCGCUUCAGGUCAGCUAUCCGGUGCUAACAAUGCUGCCACUCCGCUUCAGAACGACAGGCAGAGCGAUGCUGGCAAAACAGAGAACCCAAGCACCGUGCAUCUCUCGCCCCCCGAGCAAUUUGACCGCAGUCGCCCAUUCUAUUACAACGGCCAGUGGAUGAUGCCCCCCGGCGCUGUCUACUCCCCCGGUGCCAUGCCACAUGUCGCUGGCUUCCCCGUUGCAGUGCCUGGACAGCCUGCCAUGGGCCACAAACCGCCAGUGUAUCCUUGGAUGCAAUUUCAUGGCAUGCGAGCGGAUCCUUCCAUGGGCUCCCAAGCCCCGCCUCUGUCCGCCGCCCCUAGCUAUGGCGGUGCGCUGCACAUGCCACCAUCGUCAAUCCUCCAGAGCGAGAUCACGAAGAAGCAGCUUGCUCACCUUCAUCAGCACCUCAAGAAUGCCGAAGACCAGCUUUUGUACAACAAGCACCAGAUUGACGAAAGAGCCACGGAACAGUCGAUCGAAAAUCUCCGGCAUCAGAUCAAGCUGUUUGAACUCCACCUUGAGAAUGCAUUGGCCAAGGAGGAAAGCCUCAAGCCAAAAAGUGACGGCCCGACGGCACCAGCUGCCAAUGCGCCCUCUCGUGAUGACCAUGGAUCGAAAUGGUCGACUUCUGGCGGUCCACGAGUGGGAAUGGAGCCUCACAGUGAGUCGGUGUCGCACGAUGACGUGCCUCAUGCCCACAGCACCAAGAACCACAAAGGAAAGGAGCGCGUGUCGUCGCCGCUUCCAUUGAGUUCAAGUGCGGUCCAGCCCGCCCCGCUCAAGAGCGCUCUUAGGAAGCCUCGUUCCACGGAGCCUGUCAGAAAAGGUUCGUCUCUUCCUGUAAACGCGGCUCUGGCUCCCCCCUUCCAGCCUCGCACAGAUGGCACGACGUCAGCCGCAGCAACGGACACUUCGGUGGCGUCUGGAGAGAACUUGAUGUUCGCGGAUCCUGCAUAUCCGUCAAUUAAUGCACAAGGAAUGACGUCCAAGCCCUAUCUUGUUGGGGCCCUUCGGGCUGGCUGCGAUCCCACUUUAGCCAGCGACGCAGACUAUAUCUACGAGCGCGAGCUGACUGAAGACGAGCUGAGAGCGCGUCAUUUGUUUUGGGGAAACACUCCCCGCAGUCUGCAGAAAGGUUUGCCCAAGUUUGAUGGUAAAGAUUUCUACCCGCCAUCUCCUGUCAGAGCAAAUAUGCCGGAGCCCAAAUUGAGACGCCCGGUUCCGAUCGACCAUAUUCAAUAUGGCCACGAUCUGUCCAAGACCAAGGCAGACAGCGAUCCUUUCGGAUCAGUUGGUCGAUACAGCCUCCGGCCUUCCCGCAAUCUCACCCAGUCUGAGCAACUCACGGGCUUCCAGUCGCCUAUGGUCGCAUCUCCUGCUUCGAGCAAUGUCAGCCCGGUUAAGGGGUACAUGCAGCCUGGCCGCUACGAUGACUUCCGCAAAGCACUGGGCGACGCGUUCCCAAGUUCUGCGAAUGAGUUCAAGGAGAAGUCGUCUCCUGAUUCUGGCGAUGACUCCAGCAUCUUGUUCAAGGGACGCAGGAACGCACCGACAAACAGGUUGGCGUCCCCCAACGCUUCGAGCUCCGAUCUCAAUUUGGAGACUGACCUUGCCUUCAGGGCCAAAAAUUCCCACGAGAUCUUAACGACUAUGUUCAAGAAGGGCAAGUCGAGCGGCACCGCAGUGCCAGGCACGGUUUCCUCGACGACGGCACGCGGCGUUCUUCCGCACUACGCCGGGCACGCCACGGCAUCGCUGACUCCGGCGAUCGCCAACACUCCCACUGGGCGCAAGGAACCUGGUCGCAAGGCCAUAGAGUCCGGUGACCUCGGCCAUCGCGGGCCUGAAGAGUUGAACAAAGUGGAGAAUCUGCCUCCGAACAGCAGCUCUCACCACAAGGGCCAAAUCCCUCGCGGCAGUGGUUGA